UUUGACCUAAUUGGACUCCAAAUCAGCUUCAAUAUGCUUUUUAGGAUGCCAAAUAAGUUGAAUAUGAAGUCCCACACGUUGCCCAUGCUUGGAAGAGGAAGAAAAAGCCAACUCAGCAAAUACAGUAAAGCCAGCACAAAAUACAGUAAAAAAUAAGCCAAAUUUGAAGCUGUCCGUACAACCCCUUUUUGAAUGCCUUUGAAGCUGGCUUGGCUUGAUUCCAUAUCCUCUUAGACAUAUGUAUUGAAUCCAUAAAGAGUUGGAACUAUUUCAUGUUGCUCGUUGUCUAUAUUUGCACCAAAACUGCUACCCGGGUCCGUAUCGGCUUCCACCACUUGGAUGCUUAGAAUAGGCUUUGUAUCUUCAAGUAUGGACAGGCUCUGUUGAGAUUGAUUACCCCCUGUAUAAAUGCUCCCAGGUUGUCCUUAAAUCUCUUAAUUUGACCUCUUGUGAUGGGCCUAGUCUUCAUCUGUGUUGGCUCAGCAUCUUAGCAGGUUAUCGGUUGAGCGGGCUUGGGUGGAAUCACAUCACGUCUUGUCUUCAUUGCUUUUUAAUCUAGACUAUCUGUGUGAUCACUAAAAAGAACAUGAAAUCCAUCCAUAGACUAAUAAUUAUUCCAUGUUAUCGAUUAGAUUCUUAAAGAAAGCAAAAACAGAGGAUCGUAGGACCUAAUUUAAAAAAAAAACAAAUUAAAAAAAAAGGAUCAUAGGACCUCGAUCAUAAGACCAUAUCAGGUUUAUAUUCUUAUUGCUUUAUGUCCAAAUAGGAUUGCAAGAUGAUUAAUCGGUUUAGUCUUUUUUAAUAUAUUUUUGAUAAAUUUUCAGAAAGAACAAAGAGGUAGCAUUGGAAUCAUAUUGGAAGUAGAAUGGAAUGAACCAAUUAGCAACUUCAUAGCAGACAAGGUAGGUGCUGAAAGGGCUCAGUCCUAAUUUACUGCCUCCUUGGAUUAAAAAAACAAAUAAUUAGGUGGUCCAAAGAUCACAUGUCCAUUUCAAAAACUUGUAUGGAAUUUAUAUGACGUGAAAGUCUUUGUUAGAGGAAUCAGGUAGUCCUACAAUCACAUGAAAUUUGCACCUCUGAUAAAAAUAAUUAGAUGUUAGUGAGAUCAUCACAUGGUUUACUUCCACACAAUUGUGUAGAAUCUAUAUAUGGUCCAUAUAAUGUGACUUUUUUUAUGAGGAACAAAAUCAAGACAAUUAGUUUGGGGACCGCAUUGUAAAAGGAAAAAUAUAUAUAUAGCAGCAUAUCUAGUUGCAACAUGAACGUUUCAAUCUCCCAAGUUUAUAAUUUAAUUAGUACUGGAAUAUACAAUCAACAGUCAACAAUCAACAAUAAACAAUCAACAACCACUAAAUAUAAGGCAAAAGCAGAAGUUGCAGAUUUAACCUCGACACUCUCGAUAGUGGAAACAGUUGAAAUCUGGGACAGGGCUGGCCGGUAGAAGCAGCCAAGUUUGAACUUUCAACAAGCUUAUUUAUUGAUAAAUCAUAUCUGGAUGUUGAAGGAACAAAAAGCUCUACUCAACAUGAAAAACAAAUUAAACCAUUUCGACUUUGACCUUAUCAAUAUUCAUAGGGAAACAAAAAAAAAUAGUCAAAAUAAUUUAAAUAUUUUCCUCCACUGUUCUGGUAACCGAUCUGAAACUAUAGUAACACAGAUGCUGAAUUUCAUUUAUAAAGAAUAAAAACAAAGAUAAGCAAAAGGAAAACGAUGAAAAUCUGGGGUAGGGCUGGCCGGUGACCGGUGGAAGCAGCAGAGAAGUUGCGGAUUUUAUCUGGGGCAGGGCUGGCAUGAGUGGGGCUGAACGGCUAUCCCAAGAACUGGAGAUCGGUGGCUUGCAACGUCACUGGAAUGGAAAAGAGAAACGAAGCUGUGAAUGGGAGGAGAAAUGGGAGGAGAAGAGAAGGGAAUUUGCGAAUGGGAAAUGGGAGAUCUGGCCAGAGAAACAAAGCUGCGAAUGGGAGAAGAGAAGAGAAUUCUCACGUGAGACCAGCUUUUUGUCCAGGACCGUUGAUGCCAAAUGUGCAGAUCAGAGGGCCCAAUUUUAAGCUUCAAGCAAAGAACAACCCAUCAAACUUUCAGAUCAUCUCUAAAAUGAGUAAAAAUACUGAAAUGGACUAAAACUUUUGCACAAAGCGAGAAAUUCAGAGAGAGAAGCCGACCAAUGAAAACAGCAAUUCGACAGCAUUAAACUGCAAAUUUCAAUCUCAAAACCCCAGGUACAUAUUCUCAUUUCAGUUAAACUUUGAGCUUUUUCUCAUUCGAUAUGGUUCGCUUAGUUUGCACAAAACUCUUACAUGUUAAGCAUUACCAUAAAGCUUCACCGUUUAGCCAUGGCUGUUUCUUCUCAAUCUCCUUCCUCAGAACCAUGUCGGAAGCUUCCAAAUCCAAUGACCCGUUAUCUUUUACAGUCUCAUACCUCCAAAAUUCAUGUGGGUUAUCCUUAGAAUCAGCCAUUUUAGCAUCCAAUAAGAUUAGGAUUGAAACUAGAGAAAACCCCGAUUCAGUUCUGAACCUGAUGAGAACCCACGGGUUAACUCAGGCGCAGAUCAUCAAGAUAAUCACCGACCGACCAGGAUUGCUUUUGGCUGAUUCAGAGAGUAAAUUGAGGCCUAAUAUGGAGAUAUUUCGAUCUUUAGGAUUUUCUUGUAAUAGCCUUGCCAAAAUGCUCAUGAAAGACCCUCGUGUGCUUGAAAGUGAUGCCCAAACGGUGGUUGAGUUCUUUAAAGCUAAUAGUUUCAGCGAAAAACAAAUUGCAACCUUGACCAUGAAGCGUCCUGUUUUGUAUUUGAUCAAUGCUAACAAUAUUUUGAAGCCAAAGUUGGAAUUUUUCAGAUCUUUGGGUCUCACAGACCUUGAAAUUUCAAGAUGUUUGUCAUCAGAGCCUUAUAUUCUAGAAAGGAGCCUUAAAAACCAAAUAGUUCCUUGUAUCCAGGUGCUUAGGCGGCUUCUUUGCAAUGAUAAGAAUGUCCUUAAGGUCUUAAGGGCAUGCCAGCAUGUCCUCGAGUAUAAUUUGGAGAAGGUUCUUAAGCCAAACAUAUCGGUUUUGAUGAACUAUGGUGUGCCCAAGUCAUUGAUUACUAAAGUUUUCAUUUCUCAACCAAGAGCUUUGCUGUUAGGUACUGACCGGUUGACUGAGAUUAUGAAUGAAGUUGUGAAAUUGGGUUUUGAUCCCAAGAACCUGUUGUUUGUUCUCGCGGUUCGGUCCAUGGCAGUGAUGAGUAAGACACUCUGGGAGAAGAAAAUGGAAGCUUUUCGAAGUUUUGGGCUGUCGGAAGAUGAGAUUUUUUUAGCAUUUAGACUGCAACCCAUGUGUAUGAUUACCUCAGAGAAGAAACUCAAGAAAUUAAUGGGUUUCUACAUAGACAGAUUGAAUAUGAAACCUUCAAUGAUUUCCAAGAAUCCAAAUCUUUUACUGCUUAGUUUGGAGAAGAGAGUUAUUCCAAGGUGUUCUGUUCUGCAACUUUUGUUGUCCGCAGGGUUUUUGAAGGAUGAUUUUAGUAUAAUUUACAUGCUUAGAAUGACUGAAAAGAGAUUCAUGGAGAAGAUUGUCAUUAAGUUUGAAGAAGUUCUUCCUGAUGUGGCCAAGGCACACAAAGGAGAGAUAGAAUUUCAAGGGUUUCCCAUUCUCUUAAAAAUGUGAUCGUGAUGUUCGUUUGUAUAUCCUGAGUAGAGAUGGUGUUUAUCUUCUUCACCAUGGCUUCUCAUCUUCAUCUUUGGUAAAUAAGUGAAAGACAAUGAUGCAACAAUUUUCCCAGACUUUGUAAUAGUUCGACUAUGGUUGAUUUCAUCAGCAUUACCCACCCACCAUGUUAGAGAAAUCGUAGCCUAGUUAUGAGUGAGGACUUAGAUGAACUCUACCAAGAGAUAUAUCUUAUGUUAUUGUAGUAUGGUAUAUGGUCUUCUGAAAUAUUGAUUAAAGUUCAAGUAAAAACCCUCCUAACUUGUCAAAAGUAACAAUUGGGUGAAUGAUUUUUCAAAUGUAUGCUCAGAUUGGGAAGUUCUUCUCUAUUUUAUGUAUCAAUUUGAUUUCUAUUACUUU